AUAAAGCUGUGCAGUCUAACAAACAUUCUGAUAUCGAUCUUGAUAAAGGAAACAAGCACACCACAAGCCACCAUGUUUAAAUCAGCUGUAUUUCUUUUGGUAGUAUUCGCCGUUAUAUUAAAAGCCAAUAGUUUACAAUGUCACGUAUGCUAUGAUUGUGAAAAGUUGAGUGACGAUUACCUGACAUCCUGCGACUCGUUGCUUUCUACUACUACUACUAGUAGUACCGCGCAACCUACAUCUACUAGUACCUCAACAAGUACAACGCCCUCCUCUACCAUCACUAGGUUGAGAGCGCAUCUGCGUUGUUUGUCCCAUUACGUGUGCGUCUGCAUUCCUUCUAUCGUGAACGGCUCCGACGUGAUCGUCCGCGGUUGCGCAGCGGGCCAUACCAACGAAACUUGCUACAUGUUCGGGCUGACCUCCUGCUCCUUUUGCUCAACGGACAAAUGCAACGCGGCUGGCUCUAUACAGGCCUCGGCUGCUGUUUUAGCCGUAGCAUUCUUCGCAAGCUAUAACUACGUCCACGACAACGACAGAAACUUCUACUACGACAGGACCAAUACCUACUUCCACAGAAUCCACAACUUCAACAGUACCAUCCUCAACAGCUGCGGAGAAAUAUGUGACUGUUUGACCCAUCAAAGAUCGAAAAGAUACACUUUAAGAGGACUGGGCCUGUCAAAGGAGGCCGUCAAGUACGUUUGCUUCGUGGAUAAAUAUAAAAUAAAUGAAACGGAGAUCGUGAAAAGAGGAUGUGCCAUCAAGGAAGCAGACGAAAAAACUUUGUGCACUAAGUUGGGCCUCGGAGGCUCAUCCGUACUCUCUUGCGCAUUGCACUUUUUUGCGAAAAUGGAAGGCGCGGAAAUUUUUAUGUGUGGUUUUCUUCUGGUGUUUUUGGCAAUUGGAAAUUCCGGCGCCCUACAAUGUUUCGUUUGCCAAAAUUGUAAAGAGGUAACACGGGACCACAUCCAAACAUGCAAACCACCAAGUCCAUUCACCACGGUGCCUACAGUUACGGAACCUCAGACUACAACUGAAGCUGCCACAACAUCCGUGGCCACAACUUCAACUACGCAACCAAGUACAAGCACUACUGAAGCUUCAACUACAACAUCUAUGGCCUCAACUACAGCUACAGAACCCACUACUACAAUUACGGAACCAACGACAGCUACUACCAAAGCUACAACUGUAACUACGGUACCUAUUACUACUACUACUGAAGCUACAACUACAACUACGAAACCAACGACAACUACUACUGAAACUACAACUACAACUACGGAACCAACGACAACCUCUACUGAACCUACAACUAUAACUAUGGAACCAACGACAGCUACUACUGAACCUACAACUACAACUACGGCACCUAUUAUUACCACAACCACCGAAGCCAUAACUACCACAACGGAACCUACGACUACAAGCACAACCACCAAGGCCACAACGACAACGAUUCAAGCUUCAACCACGACCACUGAAGCCACAACUACAACUGCUGAACCAACUACUACGACUAUUACAACAGAAGCAACAACCUCGACUACAGAACCUACAACUACCAAAGCCACUACUACAACAAUUACAGCUGAACCUACAACUACGACAACCGAGGCUACGACUAUAAUAUUUGAACCUACAACUGUGACAACCGAAGCUACUACAACAAGUGAGGCCACAAAUACAACAGUAGAACCUACUACCACAACCGCAAAAGCUAUUACUACUACGACUGUACCGACUUUAACAACCGAAGCUACGACAACAUCUGAAGCUAAAACUAGUACAUCCGAAGCCACAAUUCCAACAAAUGAACCUAUAAGUAACACAGCUGAGGCUACGGCUAUUACAACUGAAUUUAAAACUACUGCAGCUGAAACUUAUACUUCUACGUAUGAACCUAUGACAACAACUUCCGAAGCCACAAUCACAACUAAAGCUAUCACAACUCCCAGACAGCAGGCUUCUGACCACGCCGGCAGUUUAAGUGUAAAGAACCGAUUCUACAGAAGUAUCAAGCAAAAUAGAGAAGAUGACGAGCAAGUACGAUGCGUUGUCACCAGUUACAAGGAAGCUGGUAUAACGUUUUACUUGUUUACAGAAAAUGGGGAAGAAAAUGUAGUCCGCGGCUGUUCAUAUGAACCGGCAAACACAACAGCCCGUUGCCACGAAACCAUCGGGCGAGAUGAUGUGGAUCUCGUCCGCUGUUCCGUUUGCGACGGCGAUCUAUGCAACUCCGCGGCGGCAGCGGCCGUCACUUUUGUACCUCUAAUCUUAGGGUUAUUAAUGAAUUUAUAAAUAAUACAGUAUGUAGACUCUGACCACGCUAACUUUAGACAAACUUGGCAGUCAGAAACUCGUCGUAGCACUUGGCAUGAAACUUAGCGUGGUCUGACUCCUCAGGAAUUACCGAUACCAGUGCGAUAGUGUUAAAGUGUGUAUGUAUUUAUUGGUACAAAUGAUACCUCUAAUGAACAU